AUGGCUCCUCAAAUUGUCCUGAUCAGCGGUGCGAAUAGAGGCUUGGGCAAGGGACUUCUCGAACGCUACCUAGCCAGGGAUGACCACAUUGUCAUUGCCGCCGUUCGCGAUCCUAAACACCCAACGGCAAAAUCCCUCGCAGACCUACCAACAGCGCAGCACAGUCGCCUGAUCGUCGUGAAAGUCGACUCUUCAAUCGAAUCCGACGCCUUCAAGGCCGUUGAAGAGCUUUCCGGACAGGGUAUCGAUCAUCUGGACACUGUCAUCGCAAACGCCGGCAUUGCCCAAGGGUUUCCGAAGGUGUCGGAGCUGAAGACUGCAGACCUGCAAGCCCACAUCACGCCAAACGUGUUCGGUGUAGUCUGGCUUUAUCAAGCCACGCUCCCGUUGCUACGAAAGUCCACCGAGCCUAAAUGGGUCACCAUGGGCUCUGCGGCAGGGCAGCUAGAGAAUCAAGGCCCGUUCCCUAACGCUGCAUACGCACCGUCAAAGGCCGCCGUUCACUGGCUCACGAAGAGGAUCAAUGAAGAGGAGGACUCUCUCACUGCAUUCGUCAUCCAUCCUGGUUUCGUCCAGACGGAAAUGGGGAACAAAAGUGCUCGCCUCCUAGGUCUCGAAAAGGCAUUCAUAGGAGUCGAUGAAUCCUGCGAUGGGAUUAUGCAGGUCAUCGAUGUUGCUACCAAAGACUCGCACGGAGGAAAGUUUUGGGACAAUGAGGGAAAGCAGCAAACUUGGUGA